AUGACUGGAAAUAUAAUGAUAAAAUUAAAGAGAGGAUGUUUAUUAAGCAGACCCUUAGUAGCAAAAAUUUGUAAGAAAAAUGUGUCAUCUGGCACAGGUCGUAAGAGACUGGUCAUUCUGGGGACAGGUUGGGGAAGUUACAGCGUUCUGAAGACAAUAGAUAAAUCCCUGUAUGAUGUGAUAGUUGUGAGUCCUAGAAAUCACUUCCUGUUUACUCCACUUCUGUGCAGCACAACUGUCGGGACAUUGGAGUUCAGAUCAAUAAUAGAGCCUGUAAGAAAUACAGGUUUCAGACAGACCGACCAUUUUCACUUGUCACGAGCCGCAGGAAUAGAUUUUACAAACCAAAUUGUUCACGUGGAAAGUGGUUUAAAACAUGACUCCACCUAUGAUUUAUCGUAUGAUAAACUAGUGAUAGGAGUAGGGUCAUUGAGUAAUACGUUUAAUACACCUGGAGUAACUGAACAUGCUUUCUUUCUAAAGGAAGUUGGUGACGCUCGUCGUAUACGGAACAGGAUUCUUAGCAACUUUGAAUUGGCAACACAGCCGAAUACCAGCUCGGAUGAAAGUCAGAGGUUACUACAUAUUGUUAUAGUUGGCGGAGGACCUACUGGCGUUGAAUUUGGUGCAGAGGUGUAUGAUUUUGUUGAACAGGAUGUAACAAGGUUAUACAAAGCUAAGAAGAAUGAUGUAAGAGUCACUCUGGUUGAGUCAAACCAAAUCCUAUCCUCAUUUGAUGAUAAACUAAGAAAGUAUGCUGAGAAAAAAAUAGAAGGGAGAAAAGGUUUCACAUUAAAAAGAGAUUUAGUUACAGGUGUGUUUGAGGAUCAUGUACAGCUAGCAAGCGGGGAGAAGAUGCCAUGUGGUAUGGUGGUGUGGAGUACCGGUCUAGCUCCACGUCAGUUUGUCAGAGAACUUGAUAUUCCGAAAAAUGACAGAGGACAGAUAUUAACAGACCGCUACUUGAAUAUUGUUGGAGAUGCAAGUGGAAACAGUUUUGCUAUAGGUGACUGUGCUGAUAUCAAAGACUACCCACUUCCAUGUACAGCUCAGGUUGCUGAAAGACAGGGUAAAUAUUUAGCCAAGCAGUUGAGUGGUAGCACAAAAGAAGAGUUCACAUUCACCAGUGCUGGAAUGUUAGCUUACAUAGGCAGCUAUGACGGCCUUACUGAUCUCCCAAAAACUAAAUUACAAGGUUUUCCAUCCUGGUUUUUAUGGAGAUCAGCCUAUUUGACACAGCUUGGUAGUUGGAGAUUAAGAAUGCAGGUUCCUCUGGAUUGGACUAAAACUUUAUUGUUUGGACGAGAUAUCUCCAGAUUUGAUUAAGAAAUACUAUACAUGUGGGCAAUACAUCAAACAAUAAAAUACAGCCAAUAUGCUUAUAAGGAUUUUAAAUGAAAUGCUAAUAUGAGCCGUGUCACAACAAAACCAACAUAAUGGGUUUGCGACCAGCAUGGAUACAGACCAGCCUGCGCAUCAGCGCAGUCUGAUCAGGAUCCAUGCUGUUCGUUUUUAAACCUUUUAACAAGUAGAGAAACGGAUAGCAAACAGCAUGGAUCCUGAUCAGACUGCGCUGAUGCGCAGGCUCGUCUGGAUCCAUGCUGGUCGCAAACGCACUAUGUUUGUUUUGUCGUGACGUGGCUCAUAUUUGUUUGCUGUCAACAGAGGGUUUAAUUAAAUCAUCCUAAUUCUGCUCAUCAAGAUGAAAUUUAGAAAUGGCAUUGACACACAUUUUACAAUUACAUUUUAGAGAAUAUGUUUUUCAUGAUGCCAGUCAUAUUGUUGCCUUUUUACAGCAAAUACUUAACUGUGAUUAUGUCUCUUUCUUUUUAUAUCACAUGUAAUAUAUGUAGUUCUUGUACUACUUUUUAAUAGAUUUUUAAGUUAUUUUGUUGUCUCCUUUGUCUCGAAUGUUAACUUAUGUCUAAGAAUACUAAGAUUUGAAAUUCAGUUACUAUAAACAUUCGCUCAGGGAUAAAUAUGGAGCAAAUCUUUCUCAAAGUUUCUGUAACUUGUAUGAAUUAAAUAUUCUUAAAAUUUUAGUGCUUGUUAAAGAUAUAUGUUUGUAUGUGUCAAUAUUUUUGGCAUACAUAUUUAAUUAGAAUACUUAUAUACAUGUUGACAUGAUAUUUCUUUCAUCUAAGUUAUGAUCUGGACUAUUAAAUGUUUUAUGUUGG